CUGUGAGUGGGUGAGUGUGUAGUCGCGCGGCGAGCGCUGUCCAAACCGGCCGCCUCUCUGUCUCUCUCUCGUCGUCGUCGCCGCCGCCGCCGUUGUCUCUUCUUCACCGCCGGCGUCUUUUGUUCCUUUUUUUCACACCACACCACCUCCUGUUACAUGUGUGUCCUCGUGUUCCCCACGUGGAAGCAUGGUGUGUGCUAAGCAGUGCGAGGAGACCCAGACGAGACGUGAAUGUGUGCCGUGAAAAUGCCCCACGUGAACGAGGAGGGCGGGGAAGAUCUCGGUUCGGCCGAUGAAGUCAAAGUUUUCAAAGAGGAAGGCGAGGAGGAGAACGAGGAACAAAACUUGACCGAGGUCAAGAGUUCCCUCAUCAACGAAAGCGAAGAGGACAAGAGUACAGGAACCCACAUCCCGACCGUCCAGCCUGGCUUUGGAGUCAAGAAUGACGCAGUGGGUUUGCGAGGGGAAAGCACGUCUUUGUUCGGGAAAGGAUUGGAAUUCCCGCCUCAUCCUCUCAGUAUGGGAUACAUCGUGUCUCCCUACCCCUACACCAAUGGCACCUCACAUCACCUUCAUCACAUGGCGGCGGCUGCUGGGAAGUUCCCAAGUCCGUUGGGGUUCUUCGGCUACCCGCCUCCACCCCCACCUCCACCUCCACCGGUUCCGGUUCCGGUGAGUGUGUCUCUCCCGGUCCCGGUGUCCUCCACUUCCUCUGCGGAUGCACAGCCUCCGCCCGCUCACAUGGGCAUCCCACCUUAUCCCCAAUACGACCACCACAAGAUCCCGCCUUGCCCCUUUCCAGCAGCAGCAGCGGCAGCGGCAGCAGCAGCGUUUGCAAGGUCGGGGAUGUACCCGUUCCCAGGCCCUCAAUACCCUCACCCCAUGCUAACUCCAGAGUUCGCCUGGGCGAGCAUGUACGGAGGGGGAGGAGGAGGGGGGAAUGCCGGGAGGGGAUCCCCAUAUGCUUCCCUCCCACCUUCCUCCAUCUCUAUCUCUACAGCCACCUCCAUAUCCACCGCUUCUCGCCCUCCUUCAAUCUCCAACGCCAACUCCAAGUCCCCAAGCUUAGACCCCUCCUCACAAGGCUCCCAUCGGGGUAGUGAUAUUCGUGGCGAUGGGAAGGUGAAGGACAGAGAUGGGGGACAUCAUCAUCCUCAUCAGGGAUCAUCUCCAUCUUCCUCGUCGUCUGAUAGGAAGAAGCAGCCUCACGUCAAGAAACCUCUUAAUGCCUUCAUGCUUUACAUGAAGGAAAUGCGUGCCAAAGUCGUUGCCGAAUGUACCUUGAAGGAAAGUGCUGCCAUUAACCAGAUCCUCGGGAGAAGGUGGCACGCGUUGAGUCGAGAAGAGCAGAGCAAGUACUACGAGCUGGCUCGGAAGGAAAGGGAACUGCACAUGCAGAUGUACCCUGGAUGGACCGCCAGGGAGAGCUACGCUGCCAAAAUGUACAAGAAGAAAAAGCGCAAAGACAAAGCCAAUGACACCCUAGAUCAACUGACGCACAUUCAGUUUGGGGUUGAAUACUGUGUUUCAGCGAACAACAUGAAGAAGUGUCGAGCUCGAUAUGGGCUGGACCAGCAGAGUCAGUGGUGCAAACCCUGCAGUGGGGAUGAUGAGAGUGGGAGGCUGCUAACAGGGAGUACCACGACUGCUCAACCACCUCCCAUUCCACCGUUACGACCACCUCCAUUCCCCCAACACCAACACCAAUCUGUCCCCACCCCUGAUCCUUAUGCCCUGACGGCAACUCAACUCCCAUCCUCUCAUGGACUCCUUACCCCUCACCAGAUGGAGUACCACUCCCACCAUCCAGUGGACCCCAUUUGUCCCUCCUCUCCCUCUCCAACAUACGUGAGAAAGAAGAAGUGCAUUCGGUACAUGGAAGGAUCGGACGGUUCGCUGGAUAACCCAGGAAGCGUGGCAUCCAGUAUGGGAGACGCCAAGACUCCAGAUUCGGAGAGUGUGUCCGGAUCGGCCGGGUCCGGUUCGGGAUCGGACCGGGAUCCAAUGUCUUUGUCGAGUCCGGCGCUAUCUCUGGCCUCUCCUCCGUCCUUCCCUGGGUUCAUGCUCCCGUCGCCAUCCUUGAGCAUCUCCUCACCACCCAGUGGGAUGAUACACAGCCCUGGGGGACCUGGACUCGGAAGGACACAUCACCAUCCCAUCGGAGCGAAUCCACACGACGUGAACAAUCCCCUGUCUGUGGACCAACUCACAAAACCUCACACUCCCGGCGGGAACAAGCCUCCCUCCGUCUCCGUGUCCGUGGUCUCCGUCAAUACUUGA